UGUCACUUGAGAUGCUUCUACACCAGAGAGGCACUUAGACAGGUUUGACAAAUUUUGAAAAAUGGCAGGUCGAAUCUUACUGCCUUUACUGCUGCUGUCAGCUACAGCUGGAGUGGCAACGCAAACAACUACAGCUAGUGGGACAACUCAAGCUGGAUUGUCAACUCAGCGUCAAGCUGGAGUGACAACUCAAAGUCAAGCUGGAAUCUCAACUCAGCGUCAAGCUGGAGUGACAUCUCAAGGUCAAGCUGGAGUGUCAACUCAAAGUCAAGCUGGAAUCUCAACUCAGCGUCAAGCUGGAGUGACAUCUCAAAGUCAAGCUGGAAUCUCAACUCAGCGUCAAGCUGGAGUGUCAACUCAAAGUCAAGCUGGAAUCUCAACUCAGCGUCAAGCUGGAGUGACAUCUCAAAGUCAAGCUGGAGUGUCAACUCAAAGUCAAGCUGGAAUCUCAACUCAGCGUCAAGCUGGAGUGACAUCUCAAGGUCAAGCUGGAGUGUCAACUCAAAGUCAAGCUGGAAUCUCAACUCAGCGUCAAGCUGGAGUGUCAACUCAAAGUCAAGCUGGAAUCUCAACUCAGCGUCAAGCUGGAGUGACAUCUCAAGGUCAAGCCGGAGUGUCAACUCAAAGUCAAGCUGGAAUCUCAACUCAGCGUCAAGCUGGAGUGACAUCUCAAAGUCAAGCUGGAGUGUCAACUCAAAGUCAAGCUGGAGUGUCAACUCAAAGUCAAGCUGGAAUCUCAACUCAGCGUCAAGCUGGAGUGACAUCUCAAGGUCAAGCUGGAGUGUCAACUCAAAGUCAAGCUGGAAUCUCAACUCAGCGUCAAGCUGGAGUGUCAACUCAAAGUCAAGCUGGAAUCUCAACUCAGCGUCAAGCUGGAGUGACAUCUCAAGGUCAAGCCGGAGUGUCAACUCAAAGUCAAGCUGGAAUCUCAACUCAGCGUCAAGCUGGAGUGACAUCUCAAAGUCAAGCUGGAGUGUCAACUCAAAGUCAAGCUGGAGUGUCAACUCAAAGUCAAGCUGGAAUCUCAACUCAGCGUCAAGCUGGAGUGACAUCUCAAGGUCAAGCUGGAGUGUCAACUCAAAGUCAAGCUGGAAUCUCAACUCAGCGUCAAGCUGGAGUGUCAACUCAAAGUCAAGCUGGAAUCUCAACUCAGCGUCAAGCUGGAGUGACAUCUCAAGGUCAAGCUGGAGUGUCAACUCAAAGUCAAGCUGGAAUCUCAACUCAGCGUCAAGCUGGAGUGACAUCUCAAAGUCAAGCUGGAAUCUCAACUCAGCGUCAAGCUGGAGUGUCAACUCAAAGUCAAGCUGGAGUGACAUCUCAAGGUCAAGCUGGAGUGUCAACUCAAAGUCAAGCUGGAAUCUCAACUCAGCGUCAAGCUGGAGUGUCAACUCAAAGUCAAGCUGGAAUCUCAACUCAGCGUCAAGCUGGAGUGACAUCUCAAAGUCAAGCUGGAGUGUCAACUCAAAGUCAAGCUGGAAUCUCAACUCAGCGUCAAGCUGGAGUGUCAACUCAAAGUCAAGCUGGAAUCUCAACUCAGCGUCAAGCUGGAGUGACAUCUCAAAGUCAAGCUGGAGUGUCAACUCAAAGUCAAGCUGGAAUCUCAACUCAGCGUCAAGCUGGAGUGACAUCUCAAAGUCAAGCUGGAGUGUCAACUCAAAGUCAAGCUGGAAUCUCAACUCAGCGUCAAGCUGGAGUGACAUCUCAAAGUCAAGCUGGAGUGUCAACUCAAAGUCAAGCUGGAAUCUCAACUCAGCGUCAAGCUGGAGUGUCAACUCAAAGUCAAGCUGGAAUCUCAACUCAGCGUCAAGCUGGAGUGACAUCUCAAGGUCAAGCCGGAGUGUCAACUCAAAGUCAAGCUGGAAUCUCAACUCAGCGUCAAGCUGGAGUGACAUCUCAAAGUCAAGCUGGAAUCUCAACUCAGCGUCAAGCUGGAGUGUCAACUCAAAGUCAAGCUGGAAUCUCAACUCAGCGUCAAGCUGGAGUGACAUCUCAAGGUCAAGCUGGAGUGUCAACUCAAAGUCAAGCUGGAAUCUCAACUCAGCGUCAAGCUGGAGUGUCAACUCAAAGUCAAGCUGGAGUGACAUCUCAAGGUCAAGCUGGAGUGUCAACUCAAAGUCAAGCUGGAAUCUCAACUCAGCGUCAAGCUGGAGUGACAUCUCAAAGUCAAGCCGGAGUGUCAACUCAAAGUCAAGCUGGAAUCUCAACUCAGCGUCAAGCUGGAGUGUCAACUCAAAGUCAAGCUGGAAUCUCAACUCAGCGUCAAGCUGGAGUGACAUCUCAAAGUCAAGCUGGAGUGUCAACUCAAAGUCAAGCUGGAAUCUCAACUCAGCGUCAAGCUGGAGUGACAUCUCAAGGUCAAGCUGGAGUGUCAACUCAAAGUCAAGCUGGAAUCUCAACUCAGCGUCAAGCUGGAGUGUCAACUCAAAGUCAAGCUGGAAUCUCAACUCAGCGUCAAGCUGGAGUGACAUCUCAAGGUCAAGCUGGAGUGUCAACUCAAAGUCAAGCUGGAAUCUCAACUCAGCGUCAAGCUGGAGUGACAUCUCAAGGUCAAGCUGGAGUGUCAACUCAAAGUCAAGCUGGAAUCUCAACUCAGCGUCAAGCUGGAGUGUCAACUCAAAGUCAAGCUGGAAUCUCAACUCAGCGUCAAGCUGGAGUGACAUCUCAAAGUCAAGCUGGAGUGUCAACUCAAAGUCAAGCUGGAAUCUCAACUCAGCGUCAAGCUGGAGUGUCAACUCAAAGUCAAGCUGGAAUCUCAACUCAGCGUCAAGCUGGAGUGACAUCUCAAAGUCAAGCUGGAGUGUCAACUCAAAGUCAAGCUGGAAUCUCAACUCAGCGUCAAGCUGGAGUGACAUCUCAAAGUCAAGCUGGAGUGUCAACUCAAAGUCAAGCUGGAAUCUCAACUCAGCGUCAAGCUGGAGUGUCAACUCAAAGUCAAGCUGGAAUCUCAACUCAGCGUCAAGCUGGAGUGACAUCUCAAAGUCAAGCUGGAGUGUCAACUCAAAGUCAAGCUGGAAUCUCAACUCAGCGUCAAGCUGGAGUGUCAACUCAAAGUCAAGCUGGAAUCUCAACUCAGCGUCAAGCUGGAGUGACAUCUCAAAGUCAAGCUGGAGUGACAUCUCAAAGUCAAGCUGGAGUGUCAAAUCAAAGUCAAGCUGGAGUAUCAACUCAGCGUCAAGCUGGAGUGACAAAUCAAAGUCAAGCUGGAGUGACAACUCAACAUCAAGCUGGAAUGACAACUCAACAACAAGCUGGAAUGACAACUCAAAGUCAAGGACCCCUCUACCCAAUUGCUGGAACAAUAAGCUAUCGAUCAGAUGAUGGAAGCUCACCUGCAAUUUCACUCCUACGAUCCUUUAACUAUUUUGGGCAGUCUUACUCUCAGAUUUACGUGAACCACAACGGAGAUCUGACCUUUGAUGCACCAUGGUAUAGUUAUACUCCUCAACGUUUUCCAAUGUAUGGAAGUACAGACGUCAUUGCUCCGUUCUGGACUGAUUUAGACAACAGAGGAAAUGGUGAUAUCUACUAUAUUCAGUACACCAGCGGCUCUAUUCUCCAGCAAGUUACACAGGACAUCAAUAGAUACUUCCCAGCUCUUAACUUUCAGGCAAACUGGGUCUUCAUAGCAACAUGGUAUGAAGUUGCCUAUUUUCCAAUGACUGGAACACAAACAACCUUUCAGGCAGUCUUGACUACCAAUGGCCAAUAUUCAUUUGUGCUGAUGAAUUAUGGCUCAAUAGCCUCCACGUCAAUGUCUGUACAGGCUGGAUACGAUACGAUCAGUUCCUCUCACCACUUCACCAUCCCUGGAUCAUUCUCUAGUGACGCAACCGGACCUAACUCAACUUUUAGUGUUGGCAGUAAUGUCAACGUACCCGGUCGCUGGGCCUUCCGUGUCGAUCAUGGAUCAUUAGUCUGUAAUUUUAAUGGUCUACCUGUUCAACUUGGUGACUCUUUCUGGAGUGACAGCACCUGUGCACAGAAAUGCACCUGCACCAGAGCAGGGCUGCAAUGCUCCAACAAUCCCUGCUCCUUCUCCCAAAUCUGUCGGCCAGCUGCCUUUCAGUACUCCUGCCAGACUGUGCAAAGACAAACCUGCACCGUCACUGGAGAUCCACAUUACUACACCUUUGACAACUCAGUGUUUCACUUCCAAGGCACAUGCACUUACGUUCUGUCAGAGCAGUGUCAGAACGGACUGCCCUACUACAGAGUGGAGGGGAAGAACGGGCAUCAGGGCAGCACUCAUGUUUCAUGGACAGUACUGGUCAAAGUCUUUGUUUAUGAUGAAAAUAUCGAGCUGGUUAAAGGACAUCAAAGUCAGGCCAAGGUCAAUGGAAGCUUUGUAUCAACUCCAUUUUCCCUCAGAAACGGCUCUAUCCAGGUUUAUCAGUCAGGUUUCUCUGUGAUCAUCAGCACUGACUUUGGCCUGAUGGUGUCUUAUGACAGGUUUUUAUAUGUCCGAAUCAGUUUGCCCUACACUUACCAAAAUAGCACAUGUGGGCUCUGCGGAAACUUCAACAAUCGCCCUGAGGAUGACUUUCGAACCCGUGAAGGUGAAGUGGUGAGCUCUGAUGUGGUUUUUGCCAACAGCUGGAAAGCCGCUGGUGAUGAUGAGCCUGGCUGUGAUCCUCAUUGUUCAGGUCUGGCCUGUGCUGGCUGCACAGCAGCUCAGACAGCACUGUACAGAAACUCUGCCCACUGUGGUAUUCUUGAGAACAGCACAGGACCGUUUGCUGCAUGCCAUCAACAACUCGCUCCAAGAUCUUUUGUGGAUAGUUGUGUGUAUGAUCUCUGUGUCAGUGGAGGGUAUCAACCCAUUCUGUGCCAAGCCCUAAAUGUCUACUCAAGUCAGUGUCAACAAAAUGGGAUCCAGCCGCAAAGCUGGCGGCGUUCUGGCUUCUGUGAAAUUCCCUGCCCAGCCAAUAGCCACUAUGAGGCCCAGGGUACAGGAUGUCCAUCUACAUGUGUCAACCCCAAUUCCACCAACAACUGCCCCCUCCCAAAUCAAGAGAGCUGUGUCUGCAAUUCAGGCUACCUCCUGAGUGGAGGGGCCUGUGUCCCUCAUGCUGACUGUGGCUGCAGCUUUGAGGGUCACUACUACCGCUCAGGAGAAACUGUCAUACUGGAUGCAGACUGUGGGAGGCGCUGUACAUGCAGCUAUGGCUCCAUGACUUGCAGCUCUCACAGCUGUGGCCAACAUGAGUCCUGCAGGGUGCAGGAUGGAGUAAGAGGUUGCACACCAAACAGCUUUGCAACAUGUUGGAUAAGAGGACCAGGAUCAUAUAAUACAUUUGAUGGAGUGAUGUACCAGUACCCAGGAGCAUGUCGCCUGACCCUUGCCAAAGUUAUGGGGUUCUCUAAUCAUUCGCACUUCAUGGUCACUGUGGAAAAAGUUCCUCAGGGGCCACAGGGUUUCUCUAAUGUCCUAAAGUUUGAGGCAGAGGGAACACAAGUUGCUAUUGAGAUGGCAAAUACUAGCACCGUUAAGGUUGAUGGCCAACUGACCAGACUGCCAUUCAGCUCUGGAUCCAACAGAAUCCGCAUCUUCCAAAGCAGCACUCACAGUGUCAUCCUUCGCACAGCCUUUGGUGUAACUCUGCAGACUGUCUGGCCUCAUUUUGUGCGUGUCACUGCACCAGGUGUCUACAGUGGUUUAUUAGGUGGACUUUGUGGAAACUACAAUGCUGACCAGAAUGACGAUUUCCGUACACCCAAUGGUACUCUAGUCAGUGACUCCCAGAUGUUUGGGGACAGUUGGCGAGAUGGCUCCCUGGCAGAUCACUGUGUGGAAAGCAGACCUCGUAAUUCUGCAACCAAUUUCAGUUCCAGUGAGUACUGUGGAGUUCUUACUUCACCCACUGGGCCCUUUACAUCAUGCUGGGCUGCAGUGAACCCCUGGCAGCAGGUAGAUGCAUGUGUAGAAAUCCUCCAAGGCUCUAGAGAUCCAGCAUCAACGCUGUGUGAGGUCCUCCGAGAUUAUGCACUGAUGUGUCAACAUAAUGGUGGAUCCUUGGGACAGUGGAGGAAUGCAACUGGCUGUGUACCAACCUGUCCAUCAAACAGUCAUUAUGAACUCUGUGGAAGUUCAUGUCCGUCUUCCUGCCCCAGCCUCUCCUUCCCCUUCACCUGUGACACUCAGUGCCAGGAGGGGUGCCAGUGUAAUGAUGGGUUUGUCCUCAAUGGUAACCAGUGUGUGCCUCCAACAUCCUGUGGAUGCUUUCAUGAUGGACGUUAUCGGCAAGCUGGAGAACAGUUCUGGGAUGGAGAAGAAUGUCAGAGCUUUUGCACCUGUAAUGGUGUAACUGGUGUAGUCCAAUGUUCCCCAAAUUCAUGUGGACCUCAGGAGUCCUGCCAUGUUGUGGGGGGUGAGUUUGGCUGCCAUCCCAACCCUCAUGGCACCUGCUCUGCCUCUGGAGACCCGCACUACCUGACCUUUGAUGGCAAGGCCUAUGACUUCCAGGGAACCUGCCGCUAUGUUCUGGCAACAGUUUGCAAUAACACUGUGGACCUUCACCAGUUUUCUGUGAAAGCAAAGAAUGAACCGUGGUUUGGACUGCCAGUUUCUAUCACGGCUGAAGUUUUUGUUGAUAUCUUUGGCUAUCAAGUGCGUAUGUCGAGAGGCAAGAGGGGUACCGUGGAGGUGAAUGGAAUCACAAGAAACCUGCCAAUUGGCUUCAAUGGAAGCUUGUCAGUUUUUGGGAGUGGAUCUCAAACACUUGUCAAAGCAAAGUUUGGACUGAACGUCAUGUAUGAUGGAAGAAGCACAGUGUCCAUUUCUGUCCCCCCAAGCUACAGAGGAAACAUGUGUGGACUUUGUGGAAACUUCAAUGGAAAUCAAACUGAUGACUUCCACACUCCAAGUGGAGCAUCAUCCAACUCAGCAGAUGCUUUUGGGGCAGCUUGGAAGGUUCCUGGGAACUACACCUGUAGUGACGGCUGUGGUUCUUCAUGCGCACAAUGCAACGAUGACCGAUCUGCCAGGGCCCAGUGUGAGGUGAUCCGGGCAGCUGAUGGCCCAUUCAGCUUCUGCCACGAGGAGGUGGAUCCAGCACCAUAUUUCAGUGACUGCAUCUUUGAUGUCUGUGUGUCGGGAAAUCGAGGCAGUGAUUUCCUGUGCAGGGCUCUAGAGACAUACGUCAGUGCCUGUCAGUCUGCUAAUGUCCGGAUCUACCCUUGGAGACAAAACACCACUUGCAGAAUUGAGUGCCCAGCCAACAGCCAUUAUGAGCUGUGUGGAACAGACUGUGGCCACACCUGUGCCAGCAGCAUUGAUGCUGCCUGUGACCAUGUUUGCUCUGAGGGAUGUUUUUGUAAUGAAGGGUUUUCCAGGAGUGGAACAAGCUGUGUCCCUGUGGAGAGCUGUGGCUGUCAGCAUGACGGCUUCUACUUCAAUGCCGGUGAGUCCUUCUGGACAGAUAGUUGCUCCCAACAGUGUGAAUGUCAAGCACCCAAUGUCCUGAUCUGCAGUCCCUCAUCAUGCACUCCUACACAAGAGUGCACCAUCAGAGAUGGUCAGCAGGGCUGUUACGACGCCAUGUCUACCUGUACUGUAUGGGGUAACCCACACUACAUCACCUUCGAUGGAGCCCUAGCUCAUUUCCAGGGAUCAUGCUCUUACAUCAUCACUGAAAGCUUGAGACACAGCAACAAUGAAACUCAGUACAAAGUCGUGGCCACGAACAAGCACAGAGGAAACGACUUUGUGUCUUUCGUGUCAUCAGUUGAUAUAUUCCUCUCAAAUCAUCCAGAGAGUGUUCAUGUCAGACUCGGACCAAACAAGAGAGUGAAGGUAAAUGGAACAGAGGUUUCUCUUCCCGCCACUGCAGGAAAUUUUGGUCAGGUGAUGAGGCAGGGAAGUUACAUAGUGUUUAAUGCUGUUGAUGUCGUAGUCCAAUUUGAUGGCUCCAGUACUUUAUUGGUCAGGAUGGGUCGCAACUAUCAGAGCAGAGUCAGUGGAAUGUGUGGGAACUUCAAUGGUGAUCCCAAUGAUGACAAAGUUUUGCCCAAUGGUACUUUGGCCGAAAACGACAAGCAAUUUGGCCACAGCUGGAAAUCAGAGACAAGCCAAGCAGGAUGUGAAUCCACUGAAGAGAGAAGUGGUGAUGGACUAAGUGACUGCCGCUUCAUAGAAGAAUACACAGAACUCUGCAGAGUCAUCAACAACACCAGUGGCCCAUUCAGUUCUUGUCACCUGCAUUCUGACCCCCAACCAUUUUUCACUUCCUGUGUUUACGAUCUCUGCAUCUACACACCAGCCAAUGGCAUGCUGUGUUCUGCUGUCUCUGCUUAUGAGAAAACCUGCACCAAUUUGGGUCUAAGCAUCCCCAACUGGCGCUCUCCCUUGCGUUGUGCCGAGAUUGACCCCUGUGAACAGCUGGACUGUGGAGAGCAUGAGUGGUGCGGUAAGAAAGACGGUGUGUACAGUUGCUUUUCUGAUGAGCACUAUCCUAGACCCAACAAUGAGAGCUACGGACCUCUCUACCCAAUUUCUGGAAACACAACUCAACCAGCUCUCGAUGGAAGCUCCCCUCGGAUUGCUCUACAACAACCUUUUGUGUAUUUUGGACAAUCAUACAAUGAGAUUUACGUGAACCAUAAUGGGCAUAUAACCUUUAAUAAUCCAUGGGGGAUACACAUACCUCAAAGUUUUCCAAUGUAUGGGACCAGGGACAUAAUUGCUCCAUUCUGGACUAUAUUUGACAACAGACAAACUGGUCUGGUCUACUAUAAACAAUAUACAAGGGGCAACAUCCUCAACCAAGCAACAGAGGACAUUAAUAAUUACUUCCCACAGUUCAACUUUACUGCAAGCUGGGUGUUUGUUGCAACUUGGCAUGAAAUACCCUACUGGCUACAUAAUAAUUCACAAACAACCAUCCAGGCUGUCCUGAUCUCUGGAGGCCAAUACUCCUUUGUGCUGAUGAACUAUGGGAAUAUAUCCCCAAAUCGUUGGAACGUACAGGUUGGAUACGACACAAUUAAUUCCAUUCACUAUCUCACCGUUCCUGGAUCCUUCUCCAGUAACCCUUCAGGCAAUUACUCAGUUUUCCACCUUAACAGUAACGUCAAUGUACCUGGUCGCUGGGCUUUCCGACUGGAUCAUGGAUCAAGAGGCUGCACUUUCAACAAUCUACCUGUUGAAUUUGGCAACUCUUUCUGGAGUGACAGCACCUGUGCACAGAAGUGCACCUGCACCAGAGCAGGGCUGCAAUGCUCCAACAAUCCCUGCUCCUUCUCCCAAAUCUGUCGGCCAGCUGCCUUUCAGUACUCCUGCCAGACUGUGCAAAGACAAACCUGCACCAUCAGUGGAGAUCCACAUUACUACACCUUUGACAACUCAGUGUUUCACUUUCAAGGCACAUGCACUUACGUUCUGUCAGAGCAGUGUCAGAACGGACUGCCCUACUAUAGAGUUGAGGGGAAGAACGAGCAUCGCGGCAGCACUCAUUUUUCAUGGACACGGCUUGUCAAAGUCUUUGUUCAUGAUGAAUCUAUUGAGCUGGUUAAAGGACGUUAUGGAGAGGCUAAGGUCAAUGGAAGCUUUGCUACAGCUCCGUUUUCCCUCAGAAACGGCUCUAUCCAGGUUUAUCAGUCAGGUUUCUCUGUGAUCGUCAGCACUGACUUUGGCCUGAGGGUGUCUUAUGACAUGUAUUCAUAUGUCCAGAUAGCUGUGCCCUACACUUACCAAAAUAGCACAUGUGGGCUCUGUGGAAACUUCAACAAUCGCCCUGGAGAUGACUUUCGAACCCGUCAGGGUGAAGUGGUGAGCUCUGAUGUGGUUUUUGCCAACAGCUGGAAAAUAUCUGGAGAUGAUGAGCCGGGCUGUGAGGUUCAGUGUUCAGGUCUGGCCUGUGCUGGCUGCACAGCAGCUCAGACAGCACUGUACAGAAACUCUGCCCACUGUGGUAUUCUUGAGAACAGCACUGGACCGUUUGCUGCAUGCCAUCAACGACUCCCUACAGGAUCUUUUGUGGACAGCUGUGUGUAUGAUCUCUGUGUCAGUGGAGGGUAUCAACCCAUUCUGUGCCAAGCCCUAAAUGUCUACUCAAGUCAGUGUCAACAAAAUGGGAUCCAGCCACAGAGCUGGCGGAGUUCUGGCUUCUGUGAAAUCCCCUGCCCAGCCAAUAGCCACUAUGAGGCCCAGGGUACAGGAUGUCCAUCUACAUGUGUCAACCCCAAUUCCACCAACAACUGCCCCCUCCCAAACCAAGAGAGCUGUGUCUGCAAUUCAGGCUACCUCCUGAGUGGAGGGGUCUGUGUCCCUCAUUCUGACUGUGGCUGCAGCUUUGAGGGUCACUACUACCACUCAGGAGAAACUGUCAUACUGGAUGCAGACUGUGGGAGGCGCUGUACAUGUAGCUAUGGCUCCAUGACUUGCAGCUCUCACAGCUGUGGCCAACAUGAGUCCUGCAGGGUGGAGGAUGGAGUAAGAGGUUGCAGACCAAACAGCUUUGCAACAUGUUGGAUAAGAGGAUUAGGAUCAUAUCAUACAUUUGAUGGAGUGAUGUACCAGUACCCAGGAGCAUGUCGCCUGACCCUUGCCAAAGUUAUGGGGUUCUCUAAUCAUUCGCACUUCAUGGUUACUGUGGAAAAAGUUCCUCAGGGGCCACAGGGUUUCUCCAAUGUGCUAAGGUUUGAGGCAGAGGGAACACAAGUUGCUAUUGAGAUGGCAAGUAGAAGCACUGUGAAGGUUGAUGGCCAACUGAUCAGACUGCCAUUCAGCUCUGGAUCCAACGGAAUCCGCGUCUUCCAAAGCAGCAUUCACAGUGUCAUCCUUCGCACAGCCUUUGGUGUAACUCUGCAGACUGUCUGGCCUCAUUUUGUGCGUCUCACUGCACCAGGUGUCUACAGUGGUUUAUUAGGUGGACUUUGUGGAAACUACAAUGCUGACCAGAAUGACGAUUUCCGUACACCCAAUGGUACUCUAGUCAGUGACUCCCAGAUGUUUGGGGACAGUUGGCGAGAUGGCUCCCUGGCAGAUCACUGUGUGGAAAACAGACCUCGUAAUUCUGCAACCAAUUUCAGUUCCAGUGAGUACUGUGGAGUUCUUACUUCACACAUUGGACCAUUUAGAUCAUGCUGGGCUGCAGUGAACCCAUGGCAGCAGGUAAAUGCAUGUGUAGAAAUCCUCCAAGGCUCCAGAGAUCCAGCAUCAACGCUGUGUGAGGUCCUCCGAGAUUAUGCACUGAUGUGUCAACAUAAUGGUGUGUCCCUGGGACAGUGGAGGAAUGCAACUGGCUGUGUACCAACCUGUCCAUCAAACAGUCAUUAUGAACUCUGUGGAAGUUCAUGUCCGUCUUCCUGCCCCAGCCUCUCCUUCCCCUUCACCUGUGACACUCAGUGCCAGGAGGGAUGCCAGUGUAAUGAUGGGUUUGUCCUCAAUGGUAACCAGUGUGUACCUCCAACAUCCUGUGGAUGCUUUCAUGAUGGACGUUAUCGGCAAGCUGGUGAACAGUUCUGGUAUGGUGAAGAAUGUCAGAGCUUUUGCACCUGUAAUGGUGUAACUGGUAUAGUCCAAUGUUCCCCAAAUUCAUGUGGACCUCAGGAGUCCUGCCAUGUUGUGGGGGGUGAGUUUGGCUGCCAUCCCAACCCUCAUGGCACCUGCUCUGCCUCUGGAGACCCGCACUACCUGACCUUUGAUGGCAAGGCCUAUGACUUCCAGGGAACCUGCCGCUAUGUUCUGGCAACAGUUUGCAAUAACACUGUGGACCUUCACCAGUUUUCUGUGAAAGCAAAGAAUGAACCGUGGUUUGGACUGCCAGUUUCUAUCACGACUGAAGUUUUUGUUGAUGUCUUGGGCUAUGAAGUGCAUAUGUACAGAGGCAACUGGGGUACCGUGCAGGUGAAUGGAAUCACAAGAAAUCUUCCAAUUGUCCUCAAUGGAAGCCUGUCUAUUUUUGGAAGUGGAUCUCAAACAUUUGUCAAUGCAGACUUUGGACUAAGAGUCAUGUAUGAUGGAAGUAGCACAGUGUCCAUUUCGGUGCCCCCAAGCUACAGAGGACAUGUGUGUGGACUUUGUGGAAACUUCAAUGGAAAUCCAAAUGAUGAUUUUCACACUUCAAGUGGAGCAUCAUCCAACUCAGCAGUUGCUUUUGGGGCAGCUUGGAAGGUUCCUGGGAACUACAACUGUAGUGACGGCUGUGGCUCUUCAUGCGCACAAUGCAACGAUGACCGAUCUGCCAGGGCCCAGUGUGAGGUGAUCCGGGCAGCUGAUAGCCCAUUCAGCUUCUGCCACAAGGAGGUGGAUCCAGCACCAUAUUUCAGAGACUGCGUCUUUGAUGUCUGCGUGUCGGGAAAUCGAGGCAGUGAUCUCCUGUGCAGGGCUCUAGAGACAUACGUCAGUGCCUGUCAGUCUGCUAAUGUCCGGAUCUACCCUUGGAGACAAAACACCACUUGCAGAAUGGUCUGCCCAGCCAACAGCCAUUAUGAGCUGUGUGGAACAGACUGUGGCAACACCUGUGCCAGCAGCAUUGAUGCUGCCUGUGACCAUGUUUGCUCUGAGGGAUGUUUUUGUAAUGAAGGGUUUUCCAGGAGUGGAACAAGCUGUGUCCCUGUGGAGAGCUGUGGCUGUCAGCAUGGUGGCUUCUACUUCAAUGCUGGUGAGUCCUUCUGGACAGACGGUUGCUCCCAACAGUGUGAAUGUCGUGCACCCAAUGUCCUGAUCUGCAGUCCCUCAUCAUGCACUCCUGCACAAGAGUGCACCAUCAGAGGGGGGCAGCUAAGCUGUCACGACGCCAUGUCUACCUGUACUGUAUGGGGUGACCCACAUUACAUCACCUUCGAUGGAGCUGUGUCUCAUUUUCAGGGAUCAUGCUCUUAUGUCAUCACUGAGAGUUUGAACCACAGCAACAAUGACACUCAGUACAAAGUCGUGGCCACCAACAAGCACAGAGGAAACAAUCUUGUGUCUUUUGUGUCAUCUGUUGAUAUAUACCUCUCAAAUCAUCCAGAGAGUGUUCAUGUCAGGCUCGGAUCUAACAAGAGAGUGAAGGUAAAUGGAGGUGAGGUUUUUCUUCCCACCACUGCAGGAACUUUUGGUCAGUUGAUGAGGCAGGGAAGUUACGUAGUGUUUGAUGCUGCUGAUGUCAUAGUCCAGUUUGAUGGCUCUAGUACUUUACUGGUCAGGAUGGGUCGUAACUAUCAGAACAAAGUCAGUGGAAUGUGUGGGAACUUCAAUGGUGAUCCCAAUGAUGACAAAGUUUUGCCCAAUGGUACAUUGGCGGAAAACGACAACCAAUUUGGCCACAGCUGGAAAUCAGAGACAAGCCAAGCAGGGUGUGGAUCCACUGAUGAGAGAAGUGAUGGACUAAGUGACUGCCGCUUCAUAGAAGAAUACACAGAACUCUGCAGAGUCAUCACCAACACCAGUGGCCCAUUCAGUUCUUGUCACCUGCAUUCUGACCCACAACCAUUUUUCAGUUCCUGUGUUUAUGAUCUCUGCCUCUACACGUCCACCAAUGGCAUGCUGUGUUCUGCUGUCUCUGCUUAUGAGAAAACUUGCACCGUCUUGGGUCUAAGCAUCCCCGACUGGCGCUCUCCUUUGAAUUGUGCUGAGACUGACCCCUGUGAACAGCUGGAUUGUGUGGAGUAUGAGUGGUGUGGUAAGAAAGAUGGUGUAUACGGCUGCUUCUGUGAUGAGCACUACAAUAGAUACAACGAUGAGAGCUACGAUGCAAACGUUGAAUGCUCCAGCAGUUCUGGCACCAUGUCAAUAUCUCGCUGCAAGCUAUUUGAAGCGGGCUUCCACUCCAGUGCUCUCCAUCUCCGAGACAGCUCCUGCAAUGGGACUCUUCAGAACGGACGACUCAUCUUUCACUUUGACAAUGACAACCAUCUGUGUGGUACAACCCUUAUGAGAAAUGGAACUCACUUCAUGUAUGAGAACAGUAUUCAGGGCAAUGCGACCAACCAUCAGAGGAAUCUUCAUCUGCGUUUCUCCUGUGUUUACCCUCUGGCUCAGGCUCUCUCAAUGGUUGUGGACAUCAACCCUGUGGAGAGCAUUCUGAGGAAGAAGCUUCCUAUUGGCACGGGGUCGUAUCGUAUGAGGAUGAUCCCCUAUGAGGAUGAAGGUUUCCACUCCCCCUUCAGCGCUAAUGGACACAUAGAAAUGGAUGUUGAUGAGAUGUUUUACUUGGAGGUGCGAACAGAAGGGGUGGAUCAGAGCCAAUUUGCCACAGUUCUGGACUCUUGCUGGGCCACGCCAGUCAACCAAGCAAACUAUCCUGUCCGCUGGGAUCUGAUUACAGCACAGUGUCCUAAUCCAGAUGAUGGAACCGUAGAGGUGAUUCAGAACGGUGUCUCCACUGUGUCUCGUUUCUCCUUCAGGAUGUUCACCUUCACCAACCACACACAGAUUUUCUUGCACUGCAAUGUCCACUUGUGUCUUUUGAGAAGCAACAACUGCAGAGCUCACUGCAACCCGGAUCACCACAUUCUAAUCCGGAGGGACAUAUCUUACCAUGACUCUGGAGCUCUGUCAAUUGGACCACUGGUACUCGGGGCACAACCAAACACUGGUGGACUAAUCCAAAGAAACAGUGCUGUGGGUCAUCUGACAUCAAUUGUUACCCUGAUUGUCAGUUUGCUGAUGACUGGAAUUCUGGUCAAUUGAUAAAGAAUAAUCACACUCUAAGAACAAGUAAAAUUUUGUUACUUAUGAUUUAUGUUGAUAGGAGGUGUUUUCUGGGUUUUGGGUUGUACUCGUAAUUAUGCAAAGUAAAUGUGCUUUUCUAACAUCUGGGGCACCGUUGUGCUUUAGACCAUUUGUGGGACUAAAGCAAUGUUUGUUUUUUCUGUGGAAUUUUUAUCAUUAACUGUUGGCAAUAUCCGAUUGUAAAAUAUAAAUUGUGUGCUUCGAUAAUUCUAAGGAUAUAUAUAUAUAUAUAUAUAGCUAAUUAAUUUUUACAGGAAAGAGCUUAACCUGUCAAACUGAAUGAAAUUAAGAAGAAUUUUCUCAUUGUUUAAAUUAUAUUUAAGGAUUUUUUGUGUGGUGGGAAAAUAUUCAAUUAAAAAGGGGAUUAAUAAAGAAUAUAGAUAAAGCCUUUCAUGCUUUUUCCUGUUGAUAAAAGCCUUAAUAAACUCUAUGUUUUGGAUCUGA